CGCGCGGCCAGCCUAGCGCCGCCUCAGCAGGGAGUCGUCCGUCUUAUCGCCUUGUUUUUUCGGACGCGCAUUACCACAUUCCAGCAGUUCCUUCGGCAGUGCGGACGCGUGCACCACCCACAAUGGUCUCCUCCUACGGACAAGUCUUCAUCGUGGCAUCCUUGGCGUUUAUGAUCACAUUUGUCCCUGCACUGGGAAACGAGAUACCACACAGACUUCAACAUGAACUUCCAGCAGAAGUUUAUUCAGUCGAGUAUAAUCUAAAGCUCGCCCACGUAAAUGAACGGGGGAGUAGCGUGGAGCGUUUGCAGCAGGAACUAGCUGAAGACACGCCUGCCUUCGCUGCUGCUGCCGACCCAGCGGUCAGCGGCGAUGCGGUGGGAGGCGAGCGCGCGCCGCAGGGCAGGAGGAAGCGCUUCUGGUCGGCCAGCGAGAGCAGCGAGGAGGAGCCGGCGGACACGAGCGGCUACGCGGCCGCGUUCGACGCGCUGCUCGACUACCACGCCGAGGUGCAGCGCCAGGGGCGGCGCGAGGUCGACAUGCCUGACAUGCGCAAGGAGACGUCCGAGAAGCUGCUCUUCUUCACCGUCACGACGCGCAUGAGCGUCUCCGGCGUGCGCCUGCGCGUGCCCGCCACGCUGCGGCGCGUCUCGCGCGUCACCGCAGAGGUCCUGCCCGGCGGCGACGUCGACAUGUCCUGCAACGUGCGGCUCGGCGACUUCGAGACCUGGGGGCAGUACGACGUCAAGGUGAAUGGUAUCGGCCCGAACGGCGACUUCGAGACGACGAUCCGCGACCGCAUAGUGCACGCCACUGUUCGCUUCCGGGAGCUCCCGGAGGCGGCGUCGGCCUCGACGACGACGGCUGCCCCCGGCGACGCGGCUGCGGAGGCUGUUACGGCGGCGGCGCCGCCACGCUGCAGCCUGGAGGCGACCGAGUUGACGCUGGUGGAGCGCGGCCGCAACGACGUGCCGGCCGUGCUGUCGCGCUGGGCCUCGCAGGUGGAGGACGUGCCCACCACGCUGCGCGUCAUGAAGCAGCUGCUCAACGAGCGCCUCUCGCAGUACCCCUGCGGCGACGCCUUCGUCGCCAUGGUGCGCCGCGGGUACGCCGCCCCCUCGUAGCCGACGUUCUACCAAGGGAACCGGAAACUUACCACUCCGGCCAUUUUCGUUAACACUGCCCGGUGGCCUUACGCGUCGGGCUACCGAAGUUUGUUGGAACACCCAACGACGACAAUACCUCGAAAGCACUGGACGAUGAUGUAUGACAGUCUUAGCAAUGAGUCCUGUUUAUUGCGUGAAUCAUCAGUGGGCUGUUAAAGUGUUUCGUGCUCGUCCAAGUCUGAACAACUUCUGUAAGAAGUAUUUCAUUAAAAUGCAGUUACUUGGAAGCUGCGACAUACAUGUUUAUACGCUAGCUUAUUUCUGAACAGCGAGAACGUAGUAAGUCUGUAUCUGGAACAUGCUCUCUUGAGCCGUGAAACCAAAUUAUGUGUUCACCGAUACUGGUAUGCGCCAGAAUCAGUGUAAGGAUCUUCAGACACGUCUUAGUGCUGCACUUGAGUUGAGAAGUAGAUCGAGACUUCAUUAUUCUCGAAAGGGUCCCACAUGCCACUCAAAAACAUUUAUUGUACAUAAUUAAAAAUAGUAAUAACCAUUCUUGUUCUACAUUGGUUUUCGUUUUCUCAUUGUCAGUCACCUUAAUGAAAGAUGUCAAAUGUUUUGUAAGUGAGAGAUAUUUGUUGAACAAAUAAUAUGUAAUGUAUAUCUACUUUCUAGUAAGGUUUCAUAAAAUAUUGUAUUGUCA